UGCAGCGGGGUAAGGAUCUUCACACAGCCCAGAAAUGGUGCGUGGAGCCAUAACAGUGAGGUGUUCUGCCUGGGCCUGAAAUGUGCCUGGAGCCAGGCCAGAUGGGUGGCUGUUUCUUCUGGUUGGCGGACUGAGCAUCGAAACUAGCAAUCCUACUUGUAGUAGUAAAUACCCAGAUUGUUUGUUUGUGCAGUAUAUCUCAUGAGCAUAUCCAACUUUAACUCCCUCAGAGCUGUCGUACGUUUUGAUUGGUUGUUGGAUACAAUGACAUCGAUGACGAUGCUGCCACGCAAAUGAUGAAAGGACAUGAGAAGACACCAAAGCUUCAUUGUUCAUUGAAAGUGGAGAACAUCAGUCCCAUAUUCCGCGGUCAUGAACGGCUCGUCUGAAGUAAACACGGCGUGGAUGCUGCAUGAACACGUGAAGGUGCUGCUGUCCAUGCUGCCAUGUCUUCUGUUCCUUUACAUCAACGGGGUCAUGCUGGUGACGCUGCUGAGAAAGCCUCACUUGCUGGAGUCCUCUCGGUACGUCCUCUUUGGACACCUGCUCCUCAGCGACUCCCUGCAGCUGCUGUUCUCCAUGUUGCUGUACAUCUUUGCCGUCACCACCGUCACCAUGGUCAGUUAUUUAUGCAAGACGAUCAUACAGCUGACGGCCAUCGCUGUGAAACUUUCCCCUCUCAACUUGGCCGUGAUGUCGCUGGAGCGCUACGUGGCCAUCUGCUUUCCGCUCAGGCACGCGAACAUUGUCACCAUCAGGACAACGCGCAUCGCCAUUGUGGUCAUGUGGUCCAUGGCCUCCUUGGACUCGUUCAUCCAGCUCUUGCUCUUUGUCAGGCUGGAGAACACCAGCUUCAUCGUGUCUCAGUACUGCAGUAGAAACAAUGUGUGGCGCCUAAAGAUUUAUUAUACAAUAGACACCAUCUUUAUCAUACUUUACUUUGUGGUAGUGAGUAUAAUUAUCAUCUAUACAUAUAUUGCUAUCAUUUGUGCCGUCAGGUCAUCACCCAAAAAUAUCCACAACGCCAGCAAGGCCCGGAAGACGGUGAUGCUGCACAUGUUUCAGCUAUGCCUGUGUCUCACCUCCACGCUCUUUAACAUGAUCAAAUCAGGGAGCCCCUUGAACUUAAAUCCUAGUCUUCAUUUUAAAUACGCUCUCUUUUUAGGCCUCCUCAUCUUCCCCAAAUGUUUGAGCCCGCUCAUAUACGGGCUCAGGGAUAACACCUUCAGACAUGCCUUCAAGUACUAUUUCACCUUUGGCCACAAAAGCAACAUUCAGCAUUCACCUUGAUUUGAAAUGAUCAUAUUGUAUUCAUUUGUGUGCUAGAAUUAUGCUAAUUCACCAAUUUCUCCUUAAAGUCGGAGAAGGAAACAGUAAUUUGCUGAUUUUAACCAAGUGAAGGCAAUACUAAUUCCUUCUACUACUGUACAGAAAACUGGCAUUUAAAAAAAAAACAGUGAUUAUGCUUAAUUUUUCUAUCAUAAAUGAAUCUUCGUUUUAUAGCA